UACAGAUUUCCACCAGCUGUGCCUGCCUCGGUUUCCCCCAGGGAGCACACAGUUUUGAGCUAGUAGAGACUGCUCUGGGAGUUCCCGUCUGGGCCGUGAGAGGCAUUACCCAACCGUGCCCUGCGAGCCACAGCAACCCGGGCAGCUGCCCAGCUCCUCCUUCAGUGGACGCCGGGACCCGCUGGAGGGACGGGAGCGGGCUGUCCCGGGUGUCCCUUCUUCCCCGCGCACAGCGGCAACUUGGGGAUGGAGUGCGUGCGUACGCUGUGGCUCGGCCUGGCGCUGGCGCUGGGGUCCCGGGUGGCGCGCGGUCACCCUCAGCCCUGCGGGGUUGCCACGCGUGCCGGGGGCUCCGGCGGCUCCGUGAGACUGGCUGCGCUCCUGCCCCGCGCGCCCGCCGCCCGCGCCCGCGUCCUGGCCGCCCUGGGCCCCGCGCCGCGGCUGCCGCACAACCUGAGUCUGGAACUGGUGGCCGUCGCGUCCCCUGCCCGGGACCCCGCGUCGCUGGCCCGAGGUCUGUGCCAGGUCCUGGCCCCGCCCGGCGUGGUGGCCUCGGUAGCCUUCCCGGAGGCGCGGCCCGAGCUGCGGCUGCUGCAGUUCCUGGCAGCCGCCACGGAGACCCCGGUGCUGAGCGUCCUGCGGAGGGAGGCGCGCGCGCCCCUCGGAGCCCCGACUCCGUUCCACCUGCAGCUGGACUGGGCCAGUCCCCUGGAGACCAUCCUGGACGUGCUGGUGUCCCUGUCACAGGCACACGCCUGGGAGGACGUUGCUCUGGUGCUCUGCCGCGUCCGGGACCCUGGUGGCCUCGUGGCACUCUGGACUAGUCGUGCUGGUCAGGCCCCGAAGUUCGUGCUGGACCUGAGCCGGCUGGACGGCGGCAAGGACGGCCUCCGGGCCGGGCUGGCCCUGCUGGGGGCCCUGGAGGGAGGGGAGAGUCUGGUGUCCGCAGCCAUCCUGCUCGGCUGCAGCGCUGCCCGCGCGCACGAGGUCCUCGAGGCCGCGCCACCGGGUCCCCAGUGGUUACUGGGCACACCGUUGCCUGCCGAGGCGCUACCCACAGCCGGCCUGCCGCCUGGGGUACUGGCCCUGGGAGAAGUCAAACGACCCUCACUGGAAGCUGCCGUCCACGACACGGUGGAGCUUGUGGCCCGAGCACUGGGCAGCAUGGCCCUUGCACACCCAGAGCGUGCCUUGCCUGCAGCUGCAGUCGGCUGUGAGGACCCGAAACCAGCUGGAGCCGAGUCGUCCGGGCACACCUUGGCUCGAUUUCUGGGCAACACCUCCUUCCAGGGCCGCACAGGGGCCGUGUGGGUGACGAGAUCCUCUCAGGUGCACGUGUCUCGGCAUUUCAAGGUGUGGAGCUUGCGCCGAGACCCACUGGGCGGCCCAGCCUGGGCAACAGUGGGCAGCUGGCAGGAUGGACACCUGGACUUCGAGCCGGGGGCAGCGGCAGUCCGUGUCCCGUCUCCAUCCGGCGCCCAGGUGCGGCCGAAGCUGCGGGUGGUAACUCUGGUGGAACACCCGUUUGUUUUCACCAGGGAAUCCGAUGAGGACGGGCAGUGCCCGGCUGGGCAGCUGUGUCUAGACCCGGGCACCAAUGAUUCGGCCAGGCUGGACGCGCUGUUCGCGGCGCUGGCCAACGGCUCAGUGCCCCGCUCGCUCCGGAGAUGUUGUUACGGCUACUGCAUCGACCUGCUGGAACGGCUGGCCGAGGACCUGGCCUUCGAUUUCGAGCUCUAUAUUGUGGGGGACGGCAAAUACGGCGCCCUGCGUGACGGACGCUGGACGGGCCUGGUGGGCGACCUGCUGGCUGGCCGGGCACACAUGGCUGUGACCAGCUUCAGUAUCAAUUCGGCUCGCUCCCAGGUGGUGGACUUCACCAGCCCGUUCUUCUCCACCAGCCUGGGCAUCAUGGUGCGCACGCGAGACACGGCCUCGCCCAUCGGGGCCUUCAUGUGGCCGCUGCACUGGUCCAUGUGGGUCGGCGUCUUUGCUGCCCUGCAUCUCACAGCGCUCUUCCUUACCCUGUACGAAUGGCGAAGCCCCUAUGGGCUCACGCCACGGGGCCGCAACCGCAGCACCGUCUUCUCCUACUCGUCCGCCCUCAACCUCUGCUACGCCAUCCUCUUCGGACGCACGGUCUCCAGCAAGACGCCCAAGUGCCCUACGGGACGCUUCCUCAUGAACCUCUGGGCCAUCUUCUGCCUGUUGGUGCUGUCGAGCUACACGGCCAACCUGGCUGCCGUCAUGGUGGGGGACAAGACCUUUGAGGAGCUGUCUGGGAUCCAUGACCCCAAGCUGCACCACCCUUCCCAAGGAUUCCGCUUUGGCACUGUGUGGGAGAGCAGUGCAGAGGCCUACAUCAAGGCGAGCUUCCCGGAGAUGCACGCACACAUGCGGCGCCACAGCGCACCCACCACUCCACACGGAGUGGCCAUGCUCACGAGUGACCCGCCCAAGCUCAACGCCUUCAUCAUGGACAAGUCGCUCCUGGAUUACGAGGUAUCCAUUGAUGCAGACUGCAAGCUGCUCACCGUGGGCAAACCGUUCGCCAUCGAGGGUGAGUGCCGAGUGGGUUCCGGGGACCCCAGCUGGGGGUGCACGCAGCUCUGCUGGAGCCACCUCCCACCCGGAUCAACCUCUCCAGGCUACGGCAUAGGGCUGCCCCAGAACUCGCCGCUCACCUCCAACCUGUCCGAGUUCAUCAGCCGCUACAAGUCCUCGGGCUUCAUUGACCUGCUCCAUGACAAGUGGUACAAGAUGGUGCCUUGCGGGAAGCGGGUGUUCGCCGUGACGGAGACGCUGCAGAUGGGGGUCUACCACUUCUCGGGGCUGUUCGUGCUGCUGUGCCUGGGGCUGGGCAGCGCCCUCCUCAGCUCUCUGGGCGAGCACGUCUUCUACCGCCUGGUGCUGCCGCGCAUCCGCAGGGGCAACAAGCUGCAGUACUGGCUCCACACGAGCCAGAAGAUCCACCGAGCCCUCAACACUGGGACGUCAGAGGGGCAACAGGAGAGGGCGGAGCAGGAGCGCAGCGACCCCGGCCCCGAGGAGCAGCCGCGUGCAGCCGAGGGAGCAGGGCGCUGGAGGCGGGUGCGCAGGGCGGUGGAACGGGAGCGGCGCGUGCGCUUCCUACUGGACACCGGGGAGGCCGGCGCGGAGCGCCCGAGGCUCUGCUCCAACGGGCCGGGGCCGCAAGCCGAGCUGCGCGAGCUGGAGCUGCGGAUCGAGGCGACGCGGGAGCGGCUGCGCAGCGCACUGCUGCGGCGCGGGGAGCUGCGGGCCCGGCUGGGGGACGGCGCCCGGCUCCGGCCCCUGCGCCUGCUGCAGGAGCCACCCGCAGAAAGCUGAGGACCACGCGGCCGCACU